AUGAAGAUAUCUGAGCUGGUCCAAAAUAUUCAGGAGAAUGACGGGUUCGCAGACAAGUUUGAAUCCAUGCGGAGAAGCGGGACGCAGUUCUCCAUCAUGUACCCUGCGCGCAGAUACCGCCACGAGAAGCCAGACUUGAAAGUUCUUCUGGAGAGGAAGGAGGAGAUGUAUGUUGACGUGGCGGAAGUUCUGACAUGGCAAUCUCUCAAGCGCUUUUGCGACUUGAAUUUCGCGAGCAAGAAGUUCAAGAAUGACCAGCAGAGGAAGGCCUUCCUCUUAAAGCAGAAUAUCCGUCUUCAGAAAGAUGAGAGGGGCGUUGAGGGAGUUGCCGUUGCCAAAGAUGGGGCUUCAGAUGAGAAGGAAAUCAAGAUCGGCAAGCGCCUCUGA